CAGGAAGUCGGACAGCAGCAGAGAAAUGUCUGCUGGUUAGCCGCUGUUAGCACGCUGCUCGAUGUCUCUCACUGUGUAGCUGACAAACUAUCGUUUAAUGCAGCAUAAUUUAUAAGUAAAUGAUUGUUCGGGGGUCUAUAUCAGGGCAAUGUCGGACAAAAAGCGAAGAAGAGAGAAGGAGGACCGACGAGAGCACAAGAGACACAAGUCAUCCAAACAGGAUUUGGAGAAACUCAAAACACACACGAAAAAACUCACCCAAGAAGUGAAACAACUGAAACACCUUGAGACGUUCUAUGAGAAGCCUCCACCAGGACUCAUAAAGGAGCACGAGGACAAACCAGAGGACUGUAUUCCUGCUGAACCCGGAAAUGAAGCAGCCAGGAGCUUCCUGGCCCACGCGCCCACCAGGGGGCUGUGGAUGCCCCUGGGGAGGGAGGUGAAGGUGAUGCAGUGUUGGAGAUGCAAGCGUUACGGACACAGGACAGGAGAUAAGGAGUGUCCGUUCUUCAUCAAAGGAAACCAGAAACUAGAGCAGUUCAGAGUGGCUCAUGAAGAUCCAAUGUACGACCUCAUUCGGGAAAACAAAAGGAAUGAAAAAGAAACCAGGAUCCAGCAGCUGCAGCAGAUGCUUCAGGACAGCACUUCCUCCAAUUCAGACAGCUCCUCUUCCUCAUCCUCAUCCUCCUCCUCAUCAGACAAACACCGCAGCAAGAAGAGAAAAAAGGGGAAGGACAAAAAGAAAAAAGACAAGAAGAAGAGUAAAAAGAAACAGAAGCAGAAGUCGUCCAAAACCAGUGACUCUUCAGAUUCAGAUUGAGUGUUUGGAACAGGCUUGUUUACUUGUACGCUGUGUGCUUUAAACAUAGAGCAUGGAUGAAGUAGCUGCUAUGGUAGAUCUUACGUAGUAGUGAAGUUUUCCGCACUCUGAAGACGUUUCUAAGCCUUUUCUAAGUCCACUGUGCAUGACUUCCCCAGGAUGACGACUCGCAUUAUACCUCCUCUCCGACGGAUGGUGCAGCACGGGGUCAUACGGCACAGCUGCUUAAGGAAGUGUGUGCAGCGUGUGCCACGGUGCAUAUGUGUGUCAAAAAGCAUUAGCUGCAUGGGUAAUUAAUCUUAAGUGAUAUGAAAUGAGCCCGCUGGUGUACGAGAUAAUGUUCUUCUAUCUACGGUGUCCGCAGAUACAGUGUGUUAUUAAGAGAUUGUAUUUUCCACCAUAUUUUUGUAUCCCUGCCAUCUCCCUGGUAUUAAAUACUUUGAUUGUAGAGUGUGCUAAACACCGAGGUGGAAAAAAAAGUCUAAAUGAAACGUUGGAGUACAGCUAGAAUUUGUCUUCCACGCAAGCCAGAAUGUUUGAAUGCUUGUUACUGUACAGAAAUAUUUGAAAUGAUUUGUGGUUGGAAUAUGCUCAUUAAUUUGCUCUAAAGAAAACCACAGCGAUGGGAAAAGAAUGUAUGUGAAUGUGCUCCCUUAUUCUGAGAAUAAAGAUGGCUCUCUCUCCCUCAAA